AUGAAGGGGAGGGGCUGCUGGGAGACAGGAUCCGUUCGCUCCUUCUGCAACUCCAGCUGCCUGAAUACAUUUAAGAAGGAUGACUCUGGUGAUGAGGAGGUACCCACCCAUUCUGACAAGAGCGAACUGCAGAAUACCUUAAGUGUUCUUUCGGGCAAGUUGGACGACCUGAGCAUAUGCAAUGACCUUAUCUCAAAACAUGGGGCAGCUCUCCAGAGGUCGCUGAGCGAGCUGGAGAGCCUGAAAAUACCUGUAGAAAGUGGGGAGAAGCUAAAAGCAGUUAAUGAGCGGGCCACCCUAUUCCGGAUCACCUCCAAUGCUAUGAUCAAUGCUUGCCGGGACUUCUUGGAACUAGCAGAAAUACACAGUCGGAAAUGGCACAAAGUCCUACAAUAUGAGCAGGAGCAAAGGAUCCGCCUUGAAGAGACCAUCGAACAGUUAGCCAAACAGCAUAACAGCCUGGAACGAGCCUGCCGAGGGGCCCCAACCAACUCCCAUCAUCCCAGCAGGUCAUAUUUGAAUGGGAGCAUUCUCCUAGGGAUCAAGGGGGAGAACAGUGAUGAAGAUGAGGAUACAGAGUACUUUGACGCCAUGGAAGAUUCGUCUUUCAUCACUGUGAUCACAGACCCUAAAAGCACCAGAGCUGCCGAAGGUGGGAAUGAGGCAGAUGAGUGGAAUACAGAGGACAAUGUGUUUGGGAACUCCUCACACAUUGGGAUUCUCCCACCCAAGACCAAGAAGAGGACGAGCAUCCCUGACAAGCCUACCUAUAACAUCAAUCUCUGGAGUAUAAUGAAGAACUGUAUUGGCAAAGAACUGUCCAAGAUCCCCAUGCCUGUGAAUUUUAAUGAGCCCUUGUCCAUGCUUCAACGGCUGACCGAGGACUUGGAGUACCAUGAGCUGCUGGACAAGGCUGUCAAGUGUGAAAAUUCCACAGAGCAAAUGUGCUUCGUGGCUGCCUUCUCAGUGUCUUCCUACUCGACCACCGUCAACCGCAUAGCUAAGCCAUUCAAUCCCAUGUUGGGAGAAACCUUUGAACUGGAUCAGAUGGAAGAAAUGGGCUUCCGUUCCCUCUGUGAGCAGGUGAGUCACCACCCUCCUGCAGCUGCCCACCAUGUGUUUUCCAAAAAUGGCUGGACCCUGUGGCAGGAAAUCACCAUCUCCAGCAAGUUCCGGGGCAAAUACCUCUCCAUUAUGCCACUAGGUGCCAUUCACCUAGAAUUCCAGGCCAGCGGGAAUCACUACAUCUGGCGGAAAAGCACCUCUACUGUGCACAAUAUCAUCGUGGGCAAGCUCUGGAUUGAUCAGACUGGAGACAUAGAGAUAAUUAACCAUAAGACCAAGGAUAAGUGUCUACUGAAGUUUACACCCUACAGCUACUUCUCAAAAGACUACACCCGAAAGGUGACAGGUGUGGUGACAGACAGCAAAGAGAAGGCCCACUAUGUGCUGUCGGGCUCCUGGGACGAGAAGAUGGAGUGCUCCAAGGUCAUUCAGAGCAGCCACAGCAGCCCCAGCACCGAGGGCAAGCAGAAGACGGUCUACCAGACCCUGCCAGCCAAGCUCCUGUGGAAGAAGUACCCGCUGCCGGAGAACGCCGAGAACAUGUAUUUCUUCUCGUCGCUGGCCCUGAUCCUGAACGAGCCGGAAGAAGGCGUGGCGCCCACCGACAGCAGGUGGAGGCCCGACCAGCGCCUCAUGGAGAACGGCCAGUGGGACGAGGCCAACGCCGAGAAGCAGCGGCUGGAGGAGAAGCAGAGAGCCAUCCGCCGCAAGCGCAUGGAGGCCAGCGCCCAGGAGUCCCCGGAAGAAGGGAAGGAUAUAGACCCACACGUUCCCUUGUGGUUCGAGAAGAAGAUGGAUCCCUACACCGGGGAGGAGGCCUAUGUGUACAAGGGAGACUACUGGGAAGCCAAGGAGAAGCAGGACUGGUCCAUGUGCCCCGACAUCUUCUGA